CAACAUAUACUCAUUUUAUUUAUAUUUUGAUGAUAUAUUAAACAACACACCGAUUGCUUUUGCUUUCCCAUUUUUUGCUAUUUCAAUAAAAAAAAAUCUGCUUUUCAUUUCAAUUCGGGUUUUAUACACAGCUCUAAUCAUCAUUAUCACUUUAUUAACAAAAUUUGAUCUGUCGUCAUUGCAUGUGUGGUCUAAAUUUAAGAAUUUCCGCUCAUUUACUUUAAUCAUCAUCUUUAUUAUUGCAACAACACAAUUGUCACCGUUGGCCAUUUUAUGAUAUUGUGAUUUAAUUUCGGAUUGAUUUUAGAUCAAAUAAAACUAGCAGGAUGCAUACUUUAGGAUCGAAUGCAAAUAUACCGACUUUUAUAUUGAAAUUAUGGAAAUUGGUUUGCGAUGAUUCAAGUAAUGAUCUCAUUUGUUGGAAUAGGAAUGGACGAAGUUUCAUCAUUAAAGAUCAAGGACGUUUUGCCAAGGAAAUUUUGCCAUUAUAUUUUAAGCACAGCAAUAUGGCCUCAUUCAUUCGUCAAUUGAAUAUGUAUGGAUUCCGUAAAGUAUCAAAUAUUGAGCAUGGUGGAUUGAAAUCGGAUGGUGAUGAAGUAGAAUUUUUCCAUCACCAUUUCUGUCUUGGACAAGAAAAUCAGUUGGAAUUAAUCAAACGCAAGAUGUCCACCAACAACAAUAGCAAAUGCUUGACUAGUAUUGUAAAAGUUGAUGAAAUUCAGGAUAUAUUAUCUGAUGUCGAAUCCAUCAAAGGACGGCAAGACUCUGUCGAUAGUUUAUUGAAUAAUUUGAAACAAGAAAAUGAAGCUCUUUGGCGUGAAAUUGCUAUUUUACGGCAAAAGCAUCUUAAACAGCAGCAGAUCGUUGAAAAACUACUUCAAUUCCUAGUUUCUAUUGUUCGAAAUCGAGUCGUUGGAGGUUUAAAACGCAAAGCUCCUCUUUUGAUUGAUUCCAACGGGUCGAAUAGUCGUAAAAUAAUCAAAAACAAAGAAAGCAAUACUAUCUGUAUUCCAUCACCUCCAUCAAACAGUGGUCCGAUCAUUCAUGAUAUUACAGAUCUUGAAGAAUCUAAUAAUCUGCGAAAUGAUUCUAUUAAUAAUGAUUCAUCUUCAUUUAUAAAUGGCUUACAAUUGGAUUUGGGUGAAGACAUUAACCAAAAAUCGUUGCAAACACCGAAUUCUGACCAAACAACUUCGUUGAUUCCAUCGACUAGUGUUGGAGGAGUCAAUAGUUUGUCCAAUCUUAAAGAUAAUACAAUGAUCGAUUUGCCCCAAAUUUUUGAAAUCGAUUUGGCUAAUCAGGUGAACAACUCCCAAAUAGUAAACAAUCUUAUUGAGAAUCAACUACAACCGAAUUACACUAUUGACAAUGCUGAUUCGAUUAUUACGGAAGCUGAAUUGUUAAAGACCAUCAAUAAUGUUCCAUCAUCAGCACCUCAGCCUACAGCAUCUAAUCAUCUUAACAACUUUAGUACUGAAUUAAUUCUGCCUUCCAAGCAGAAAGCAACGAAUUCGGCUAAUUUGUCGAAACUUACUACUGAUUUUGGUGUUUCCCCCUUUAGGAAUUUCAAUGAUCAUGUUGAAGGAAUCGACACCGAACUUAAUUGGCUCCAAGAUCAACUCUACGGCGGUUCAUUGAAUAUUGAUCCAUCUACUUUGGUUGGGCUAUUCUCGUUCGAUAACCAAUUCUGUGGUUUGGAUACAAGUUCGACCAAUGAAGCAAAUGCCAUUCCCAAGGCUAUUAUGAAUGGUGGACGACAUUCUGCUGUUUCUGGUAAUACAAAUGCCUGUAAUGAUCAGAAUAAAGUGAUCAAAAUCGAAGACGAUAAUUCCAGUUCAAGCUUAUUUGAUAGCCUUGAUUUGACCAACAUUGGAAACGAUACAAAAGGUUUGUCCCAACCAAUGAUAUUGCACUCAUCAUUGUGGGAUUCUAAUAGCCAAAUUGAUUCAGAUAUUCUUUCAGAGUUUACAUCGGGAAUUGAUUCUUCACAAUUUAAUUGAUUAUGCACAUUGAUUGUGUUAUAUGCGAUCAAUCCGAAAUAUAAUGAAAAUCGUUCUCUUCAAACAUCCAUUUCUACGUUUCAACGUUCUACCUUUAAAUUUUUCGUUUUUCUUUUUAAUUUUCUUUUCACUAUUUCUCGUU